AUGACGCGCGAAAAGCCUAAAGACCAUGUUGCCGACCUUGCCUAUACCCAACACUUCGAGAAGACCGAACAGAAGGCAAGCAAGCCCAAGUCCUGUCCACGCAUGCUCGGCGAAGCUUUGGGGCAUCACAGCGCGUCUUGCGUACUCUCGACCCGCGAAGCCCGCACUGCUGAGUUUGUGGCCGCUCAAGAGCGAGAACUUAAGUUGCUUCAAGGAUGCCGCAGAGAGCGUCGACGUCCUUUUCCUCUCACCGUAUCGAAACAGCCCCAUCGCGCUAAUACCGCCGUUCAGGACACACCCACCCCCAGCCGGGCCAGCAGUCUCCCCCGCCAGGUCAAGCGUAUUGGUGCCUCUCGCACCCGUCUCCACGAGCCGGUCAGCGAUACAGACCAAUCGCCAUCGACGCCACCUCGUCUGCCUCACCCUCGAGGCUCAGAUCUGGCGCCUACAGUCAACGAUCGCACUACCUGUGGUGUCAAGAAGUCGGAUGACGCCCACAAGGUCUUGCAUAGACUUUCCAAGGCCUUGGACAGAUACCGCCACCCAAUAUCCCACCCCCACCGCGCUACGAGUAUGUACGCAUUGAACACAUCUCACAACAGCACCUCGCGCCCAGACGGCGUCAUGGCCACCGACAUCUCACUCCCCUCGUUCGACGACUUCCGCGGCAACUCCAUUGAGAUUGAGCUUGACAGCUCCUCUCUUCCGUGUGAGAUGCCUCAUGUUCCCAAGGGCCGCGUCCCUGCCAACAGCGUUGACAAGGAGGGCAAUGACGGCGUAUAUCGGGCCACGAGCAUUGUCGACAUGACGCCGUCCUUCCAUCCCAGUUCUGGUGAUUCUUCGAACAGCUCGUCCGCUCACAUGUCAUCCGAUGUCGUUCGCGGUUCGUUGAGGGCAGCUCCGUCGAGGCGCCUUCAAUAUUUGGAUUGCAAGCCCGAGGCUGAGCUGGUAGAGUUGCGUGCUGCGAUCGCCAAAGAUGUGGAAGGAAAGAAAGAUCACAACCAGCUCGGUGAACCUUCUACUCUGAGUGACGGUCUCUUACCUACCAGCAUUCCAUCGAAUUUUCGCCAGCGCUUGGUAUUUCUCAAUCCGCAGGGUAGAUCGACACCCACGGACAUCUGUUCUUCGACCGCAGGCUAUCUUUCCGACUUCCGUCAGAUGGCGGCGAAGAUGGAGAUGCUAGAAGCCAAGCUCAAGACGCAGCAGAAGAUGAUCAAUUUGCAAGAGGUGAUAGUCAAGACGCAAAAGGGAGCUUCCGAGGCGCAGCUGGCGACAAUAAUGACACUGCUCAAGGAACAGGAGGCGACGAUCGAGAUACUGGAGGAGAUGAUCAAGGUACAGGGGGCGAUGAUCGAGACCUUGCAGGAUGAGAUCGAUAAGGACACGGAUCUUGAUGCUGAAUCGGCCGUCAUGCAAACGAUCAAGAAAAUGGACGCUUCCAAGACGUCGACAGACAGACUUAUCAAGAAUCUGAAGAGCCAUCUGGAUGGCGGGAUCAAGUGGCGCGACCCUGCAAUGGCAGAAGCGAAGUUGGAGAUGUUAAAGAAACUGGACGAGAUCACUAUGAGACGCGGCGGGUUCUCAAACACACACAAGACUGCCGAUGCUGAGAAAGAGAAGCUGGAAAAGAAAGUGGAAGAUCUUGGCAAGAAACGGGACGAUCUCUUCGACUCACACAAGACUACCAGUGCCGAUGAAGGUACUGCCAAGGAAUCUACAGGUAAGGGCACUGCUGCGCAUCGUUCUCCCAAGAAGCGAACCGCUAGCGAAUGGGGCAUGGGUCCCCAUGGCAAUGGUGGAUUUCGCUUGAUGUGCCGUGAGGCUCCUAGCAGCAGCAACCGUCCUGGCUAUGGUUUUGUCCAGGAACACCAGGGUGGGGCUGACAGCUCUGACCGUCCCGUAACGGAGGUUUCUCUCCACACGGCCUCUUCCAGCACUGUGCCUGGAAAUGAGCGUCACAGGCCGGCCCUUGAUAUGACCGGCCAGCAUGCUGUUAGCGUCAGAACCUUCUCCAAGGGCGAGCCGCCGAUUGCUCCUGACACCAAGGAUGUACUGCGUCCGGCUUCAUGGAGGCAGAAGCAAUUGGAGAGCGAGGCGCUGGUGCGCAACCCAUCUGACCAUUACAUGAUGCUGCUGAAGGAGAUUGAGAGGGAGGAGACUCUUGAUACUUUCAAGCAAAAUGAGGGCGUCUCCGACGGUGCCGCUGCCAAGGCCAGGAAUGACAAACUAAUGGUGCUCGGGAAGCUGUGGUUUGGCAACGUGUCGUACCCUUACUCGGACGAGGCCAGGAACAACGACACCAACCGUCAGGCAUUCAUCAGGAAGCUCCUUGGUCUCAGGCGUCUUCAGAGGGAGAAGAUCAUGUGUGUCCUGAGGGAGAGGGCUGCCAGGAGUGAUGAGCACAGUGACGGACAGAGCAAGGAGAAGGCAGUGGGAGUUGGUGAGAGGGGACUCUUUGACCGCAACGACGACGACGCCGAUGCCGACGCCGACGCCAUCAUCAACACGGUUCAACGUGGCAAGAGGAAGAUCAGGUCAUGGCAGGCCAAGACGGAGUAG